AUUUUUUUAUCAGAAAAAGAAUAGUUUCUCAUCAUUUUAUCUGCGGUUUCAAAUGAAAAUUUUUAACGUUUCCUUAGCAUUUUACUCCCAAUAACAAAUAAAACAUUCUCUAUAAUUUUUCUAAUUGCAAAAAUUUAACACGGAAAAAAUGCGCUGCAAAGUAUUUAUUAUUUGCAGUUCGUUGCCUUUUCCCAUCCCGUUUUUCUUAUCCAAAUACUUUCAAUGCCCUCUAUCUGUUAUACGCUUUAAUUUACAUUGAUUUGCAUUUGAAUCAGUGCCUGAAGACAGGCAGUUAGUAUCUGUCGGAAUAAAUUAGUCUGUCGAAAGAAAGAGAGUUAAUUACUGACUGAAUGAUUGACAAAAACAAAACGGCUGAAAAAAGCGACGAAGAACAGAUUUUGAUACUGAUUGGUAGUGUUAACUUGACAAAAUUAUAACCUGGUUGACGUGACCUAAUGACCUUGUUCACGUUUUAAUCUUCGUUAUUACUUUCAUUUACUGUUACCGGGGGUUUCAUAAAAUCGCGAUCUAACAGCAAAAAUCGAUUUGUCGUUCACAAAGUUCCCCGCUUGUUUGAUUUAAUUCAAACAAAUCCUUGAUUAGUCUUACAGUACCUCAUACCAUUCUUGCCUGUAACGACACAGCUGUUGAAGUUUAUCCUCCUCCUUAAGGUUCCUUACCGACUUUAUAAUCAUUUAGUUGACAGCCAACAAACUUACAUUUAUAAGAUUCCUCGCGUAACAAAUUUCGUUAUGUCUUGUCAUCAGCCGAGCCCAUUCGGUUUUAUGAUAGUCGACAUUUCUUCAAAACCGACAUUUUAGACACUUCUUCAUUAUGAAGUGAAGGGACUAUUGCUCUAUAGUUUUACACACUAAAUAGAGUCAGGUGUCAAGACAGCCAGGACAUUUUCCACUCACUUAGACAUUGAACUUUGCCUAAUUUAUCUAAUUUGGCCAGUAGCUAUAGAAUUCAGCUCAUUUUCCAUUUCAUCUUCUUGACAGAUUUACGAGUUGUCAGCUAUCAAUUCAUUGCAAUAAACACAUUCGGUCAGUUAUUUUGUUCCAAAACGCAUAAUUUUUUAAAACCGACAAAAGCCUGAUUUCAAAGAAGAAAAGGAUGGUCAAUCAAGGGUUUAUAUUGACUCUGAAAAGCUUCCCAUUAUCUGGUACCACCUUAUUUAUCUUAUCAUUAUUGUGUGUCUUCUUAUUGACGCACGGAGUUCACAGUAAUGACGAAGUCCUUGGCGAUAACGUACCAUUGGCUCACUAUUCUUAUGCGAGCAGCAGAAGUCAAAGGUUGUUUCACCUGGACACUGCGGAUCACUAUCCUUCACCUUCCCCCUCCCCCACCCCGAGUCAGAGUCCCUCCCUCUCUGGAACCGGAGGAGGGGCCAACUUGGAUCAUGUGAUUUUCUGGGGGGAUUUUUUGUUCCUGGCAGCCAGGGAUAAUAUCUUCAAGGUGUCACGGGAUCCUUCGGAUCCAGAUGGUUCUUCAUAUCAUCUCCGUUAUGCGAUUUCUCUCGCGAUGCCGGAGAGAGAUAAACCAUGUGAGCUGAUGAUGUCACACCCACAGAUCUGCGAAAGGAGAGUCAAAUUCCUUCUUCCUUACAGUCAGAAAUCCCUUGAACCUAACUCUGUAGUGGGAUGUUAUUCGUACAACUUACAGCCUCAUUUCUUUACCCUUGGACUCAACCCGUCUUCAUCGUCAUCAUCAUCUUUAUCUUCGACUCAAUCGCCGUUCGCCUUGCUGAACAGUAGUGAUCCUCUUGUCUCGGCUUUAAGUAUGUUCUGUCCAGUUGACCCAAAAGUGGCCGGUUUGACCUUCGCUGCUCCUCGAGGACCAAAAGCACUUAAUCCGAACUCCUAUUUUUUUGCACAAGGUACGACAAGAAAGGGAUUUGAGUUGAUGAGGAAAGAUCUUCUGCCUCCCUCAGAGCUAAAUGUGGCUUUAACUGGGCCAGAAAAUGCCAAAGCUGAUCUAACUGGAAGCCGUGAACCGGUAGUGCGACACAUUACUACUCAAAACGAUGCCGACAACUCGAGAGGAGUAGGGAAAGCGUAUCCUGUAUCGCAUUUUCACUGGAAUGGGAUGACAUUUGUGACAUUCCGCGAACCGGCAGUCGAGUUAAGUGAAAUCGAAGAGUUUAAGGACACUUUGUUUAGUCGUGUGGCUAAAGUUUGCGAUGCAGAUAAAGGGAGAGGGGUGCGAUAUUUUUCACAUCGUUAUUGGACUAGUUACGCUAAAGCAAGACUCAUUUGUUCAUCACAACCUCAAGGAUCAGGCAACAGUCCAGGAACUGCAGGGACAGCUCCUGAGUUCCUCUUUAACGAGAUUCAGGGCACUCAUGUUUUCCAAAUGUCUGGCAAUGAAUCUUCAGAAGACUGGCGAGGGGAGGGGCUCAUGGUUGGGAUAUUUGACACACCCUACACCGAAAUGAGAACAUCUGCAAUAUGCAUUUACGAUUUUGGAAGCAUCAUGUCCGCUUUCGGCGGAGAGCAAUAUGGCGUCCAGGAACCCUACAGUGCGCCAAGCCAACGCAAUUCUGACGUCAUCAAAGACUACUCUCUGGACAGAUGCACGAACAGAAGUGAAGACAUAGAUGGGGGACUGGUGGCAUUCUUGCAACAACAUCCCCUCAUGCAAUCUCCGGUGCGGCCUCUGACGCCCCAGCCUCUGUUCAGAACUCACCCACCCCAUCGACUCACCAGUAUUACUGGAGAACAGGUGCAGAUAUCAUCACAAACUGGACCUAAUCAAAAGUCGACCGGGAAAGAAGAAACUAACGACAAAAGAAGGAUCCGUAGAGAAAGCGGAACUGAAGGGCAAAAGGAUUCGGCAAAGUCUAAACACUUUUUGAUAUAUGCAGGUACGAGUGACGGACGUGUGAUCAAAUUAGCCCUUAACGUCACUCAAAGUUCAGAAGAAAGUCAAAAAAGAGUUGAACGAGUUUGGGUUGGGGAGUGGCAGGUUUUUGCCCAGUCCAACCCCGUGAGCCAGGUAAAAUUGGACCCCUCUUCUGGUCAGUUACUAGUGACGUCAUCCUCCCAAGCUCUACUGAUGCCGAAGAGCACUUGUUUGACGGAACAGCUGCCAAUAGGACUACCAACGUGCAGGGCUUGUCUAAUGACGAGGGACCCUCAUUGCUUCUGGAAUGUCAAAUCAGCUUCAUGUAUCUACCAACCACUCCCAAAUCGCUUCUCGAACGACUCCAAUGCAAUCAAUGCCUACUUGUUCUUCCCUCAAGUGGACAGACUGUGUGCUGUGCUGGACCUGAAAGUAACAGUGGAUGAGCCUACUGCUGGGGAGGAACAAGAGAAGCCGGAAGAAGUUGCGGUUGUCCCUGGAAUCCCUUCUGAGGGUACUGGAGCAGAGAGUGGAAAAGGUCAGCCAGCUAAUGGCGAGUCUGACUUGGUAAAUGUUGACAAUGGAAAAGAGAGGACCGAUAAAGACAACAACCAGAAAGAGUCACUAAACACAGGUCCUUCUGGUUUGGUUAUAACACCUGCAAACAAAGAUGGCAGUAGCAGCGAGAAAGUAGUCGCAGCCGCGGUCGAAGUUCUAGACGGCGAAGCUUCCCGAGGAGCGAAGGACAAGCGGCUUCUCACCAUCGCAAUUCUAACCGCCAUACCAUGUGUAGUGGUAGGCGUUAUGGCGGGCAUGGGUCUCCUCUACUGUUUUGCAUUCUACAAGGCCAACAAACACUCAAGGGUCGCUAAAUCGUCUCCGAAUGAGUUAAUUUAUGCACCGGUGCCGGUGACACUACAGGGCCGAGGAGUAGGAAAAUCUCCAUCGGGCAACUCACAGGACCAGUGUCACAAAGCACUGGAAAAUAGCUACAUGUACCAGCAGGUAUAUGCGCAAUACCUUCAAAUAGACCCCCAAGCUCAGCAGCAGUCAGAAGAGAAGCACUACUCCACAAUCAGCUCCACCCACCCCCUCUCCCACCCGUCUAUCUCAAAUGAACCACACUACACCUCGAAUCAUAACCCCUACUCAGUUGACCCUGAAGGAAUGCAGGCACAUAUGAUACAGACGCAGGUGCAGAAUCAAGGCCAUUCAUCAUCAUCUCCAUCGGCGGCAGCAGCGACCACCCACUCAGCCUCAUUCAGUAACCUCCUCUUACCCAGUCAGUUCGGAGUGCACCCGAACCCACUCGCCCCGCCAUUGCCCCCACAUCACAGCCUGCGCAAGAACCCAGCAGGCAAUUCAUCGGCCCAUGGAGACAGCAUCCUGAGUACAUCAGCUAUGAAUGGUACUCCCUACAGAUCCAUCUCACCCAGACAAGAUACCAACUUAGCCCGGCCACAUCCUCCAAAUAGACUGGACUUACACCCAGCAGAACAAGGAUUGGCUGGAAGCAUGUCCAGAUUACAGAUGAAUCGGGGCCAUAGCAUGUCCAGUCAUGGCCAUCGACAAGAGGACCAUACACGGUUUCCACAGCAUCACACAGUGGCACCCAAUGGUAACCAUGGGAGCCACGGAAACCAACAUAAUCACCACACACCGCAUUCGCAAUCGUUUAAUCAGAUGCAAAACAGGGCGUUGCCGAGACAACCUACGCAGUCUAGUAGCAGUCAGUUGAUGGGGCAGAGGGGGGACCAAAGAAGUCCGAUUGGGGAGGGGAGAUUAGUUGGGGGAUUGGGAGGGGCAACUGGGUUGCCUCAGAGUCACAGCAUGCUGAACUAUUCCCAUACACAGCUAUACAACCCUGGGCAUCUAUUGAGAGACAGCAGCCAGCUGCAGCUAAACAGCAGAACUGGCGACAGAAAUAAUGGGGGUGCAAAUAACCCAGUGCAGUACAGAUCAGAUACCAGACUUUUCACACCCUCUCAAUCCAAUCACCCCCGCCAUGGUCAACACCCAACUGCUGAAGGGGGAGAUAGCGGGAACAAUAACACGUACGGUCAGGACCCACUGAGUUCCAGGGUACUACUCUUUGCGACAGCCAAUCAAAAUCACUCUGGAAGGGGCGGGGCUCAAGUCAGUAACAAAGUUAUCAACAACAUCCCUUUGAUAAGAAAACCGACAGCUGUUAAGUACAAUCACAGCAACAGUGACGAAGCGGCGGGACAUUAUGGUUCCCAAGGACCAUACGGCUCCCAAUCUUCGGCAGCACCUUCCCCAAAUCCACAGCCGACUAGGCAAAAUGUGGGUGGGAAAGAGCAAAAUUCUGUUUAUAGGUCAGAUUAUGAGCCCAGAGAACUUGAGGGGGAGAGACUUAACGGACGUGUGGGUGGGAUGAGGACUAGCGAGAACCCUCUUUACGGGACUACCAAUCAGAUUCAUCAGUCCCAGGUUGCUCAACGGCUGGCUCGCAUCGCAAACCCACCAUCACCCAACUUGCAAAACAAUCAUUCAAAUCAAAGAGUGGACUGCAAUCAUCGGCAAAGACAACGACAGAUGUUACCGCCUAUGGAUGCUGCAGAGACUCCCAAAAGCAGUCAUAGAGUUCGGCCCAAGGGGGGAACUUUCGGGGUAACAUCACCAGGAACUGCAACAUCUUUAGGUGGAGCAAGGGGAGACCGGACGUGCAAUGGGAGUAGCGAGUGGGGCAGAGAAGGCAGGAGUCCCAAUCUAUCAAACUCCCCCUCCCCCUUAGACGAUACGAGAUCCAACGGGACCCCCACUCCUUGUAUGGAAAAAGGGGAUGCGACAGACCAAUUAGCCAUCAAUAUAUGAUUCAAUUAUCUAUUCGCACAACUUUAUUGAAAAAAAAACAUAAAAAUGUCUUCAAUUCAGAGGAAUUUCCGUUUUGGAUGCUAUUUUCACACUUUUAUCAGCGGAAGUUGUCGAGCGCUUGGAUAGUUUAACACGGCCAAAUCUUCGAAAUUCCGCCUGCUAGUUCAGUGAGGUUAUACGACCAUGAUAGAAACUAAAAUGAAAAAUUGAACCGAUGAUGAUUUAACCAGAAUCCAAACUUUUGUUACAGCGUCCUGCAGCUUUAUAUAAAAUCUAUCUCUUAUUCUAACUAUUGAUUCCAAUCAGUGUUAUAUCAAAAAGAAAAAUUGUUUAAGAUUUCUGCCCCUUUAUUCUAUCAAUGUUUCUCAUUUAUCUAUACGUCGAUGUUAUUAUAGAGUUUAGUUUUGUGUUUUUAAUUUG